AUGCCUUCGCACGGCAGCAGCGACAACAAGAAGAGAGACUCUCCGUCAGGGCCACAAAAUGAGAAGCCUCCGCCACAGCGCCUCGUCAAGCGGUACCGCGUCGAGGUCGCGGCGUCCAUGUCCAGCGUCCUCUCCACCGCCACCGCCUUCCCGCUUGAUAGUGUGAAGACGCGCAUGCAGACCUACCAAUACUCGGGCUUCCGGGACUGCGUGCGGCACACAUAUAAGACGGAGAAGCUUAGGGGCUUCUUCAGAGGUGUGACCGCUCCAAUGGCUAGUGUGACCCUCGUCCGGACGGUUUCCUUCUCAAUCUACCAACGAUCGAAACACGUUUACAACGACUGGCUCAAGAGGAACUGGGGAGUAGACGUCCUCGGACACGUGAGCACAAAGGGAUCAUAUCCAAACCUCUGGUCCAUUGCCACUUUCGGCGCUGCGGGCGCGACCGCCGGCUCCUGCAUAACACUAAUAGCCUGCCCGUUCGAGUUGACAAAACUGAGCGCACAGGUAUCCGUCUUGCUGGCUGAUAAGAAGAACUGCCCGGAACCCAAGAGCUAUGCAGUAGCCGCCAGCUACCAGAACAAGGGGACUCUGAAGACCCUGGGGAACCUUGUUAAACACCGUGGGUUUACAGGCCUUUACACGGGGUUCAACCUGCACUUAUUGCGCGACACCCUCGGGACGGGUCUAUACUUCAUGACUUAUGAGAGCAGUAAACAAUUGCUGACCACCUUCGGUGGCGACGGUUCACAUUCUAAUCCACUGGCCGUCCUCGUUGCUGGGGGUUUGUGCGGUAUCGUCUCCUGGGCUAUGAUCUACCCGAUAGACUCGGCCAAGAGUGUCUAUCAGCGAAACUCACUCAUGUACACCAAGGGUCAGAAGGUUCAGCCAGUGAAAAUUCAGUUCUUCCAUCGUCACAUGUACCGAGGGCUUGGUGUAUCCAUGGGGAGGUCGUGUGUGGUGAACGCCAUCUUCUUCUCCUCCUUCGAGUUCAUCAAGAAGCGAAUUAAGGCUAUGGAUGAUUAG